AUGGCUCGAUUUGUCUAUUCGGUGUUGUUCAGCAUAAUCAUUGGUAUCUAUGUCUUCAAUGUCGAACAGGUUCGGCAAACAAGUUUAUCCAUCUUGGUUAAAUCUUUGACUUACUUUCAAAACACGUAUUUCGAGGAGGAAAUCAUCGAGUCAAGACAAACUAUCGACAACAGUACAGGAAUGAUUCAACUGAAUCCAAGUGAAUAUAAAUGUCUUGAUCAUCGAUACAAGAUUCGGAUGAUCUCGCGCGAACCAUUGAUUAUCUAUAUUGAAAAAUUUCUCGUUCCGUAUGAAAUUCGACACUUGAUCGAAUUAGCAGCGCCGCAUUUCGCCCCAUCAUUAACGCACGAUGAUGAUAUGGCAAAACUUGUUAGAAGUGAUUAUCGAACAUCGUGGACAGCAUACAUUGAUCGUCAGGAAACACCUGUCGUCAAAUGCAUCGAAGAUCGAUUUGCUCGAUUUCAAGGAAAUGUUGACUCUGGAUAUCUGGAAACAUUACAAGUUGUAAGAUACACAGCUGAUCAGGAGUAUAAACCUCAUUUUGAUUGGUUCCCUGAAGAAGAGAUAGUCAAGCAUGGGAGUCAAAGAAUAACAACAUUUUUUACAUAUCUGUAUUCGAACUGUUCAGAAGGCGAAACGGAGUUUGUUAAUAUCAUCUUUAAUCGAUCGAUACAUGGAAAAUUUUGUGAUAUUCUGGUAUGCGAUGAAACUUCCAACGAAACUGGCAUUCGAUUUCGUCCCAUUUCUGGAAAUAGUGUUUUUUGGUACAAUAUUGAUAAACAGGGUCAAGUAGAUUACUAUACGCAUCAUGCCGGUCGACCACCAAAAGCCGACGGGCUGAAAAUAGGAUUGAAUACCUGGACACGUUCCAAAUAUGUACCGACAAAACUGAGGAAGGAUGUUGGCAUUCCAAAAACUCGAAUCAUAUCACGAACACCAUUGAUUAUCUACAUCGACAAUUUCCUUAGCCCGUAUGAAAUUCAACAUCUGAUCGAAUUAGCCACACCACUGUUCAGUCAGUCGCAAAUAAAUGACAAUAAUGGAAAGCGUCUUCAUGACAAACCCUACCGAACAUCGUCAACAGCAUUUAUUGAUCGUCGUGAAACACCUGUUGUUGAGUGUAUUGAACACAGAUUCGCUCAAUUUCAAGGAAAUCUUCAUCCAGAAUAUGUUGAGCCAUUGCAAGUGGUCAAAUAUACGUUUGGUCAAGAGUUUCAACCUCAUUAUGAUUGGUUCCCCGAAGAAGAUCUGACAACUGGUGGUCAAAGAAUCUCUACAUUUUUCACCUAUCUGUAUGCAAAUUGUUCAGAAGGUGAAACAGAGUUUAUCAACAUUCGUUUUGACAAAUCUUUACAUACCAAAUUCUGUGAUAUUUUGCUUUGCGACAGAAAGUCGCCGCAAUUAGGUCUUCGAUUUCGUCCAGUACCUGGAAAUAGCAUCUUUUGGUACAACAUCAAUCAACAAGGAAAAGGUGAACCUCUGACAUUGCAUGCCGGUAGAUCACCCUCAAGAGAUGGACUAAAAAUUGGAUUAAACACUUGGACACGUUUGCACCGAACUAUUUUCGCAAAAAGAGACGAUCCUGAAAGCUUUUAA